AUGGUUCAAGAUUGUAUGGAAUACGCUAGGAAAUGCCACCAAUGCCAAGUCCAUAGCGAUUUUAUUCACCAACAUCCGAACCCUCUGCACCCGACAAUUGCCUCUUGGCCAUUUGAUAUGUGGGGAACAGACGUUAUAGGGCCAAUUAAUCCCCCCUCAUCUCGAGGACACAAAUUUAUUCUCGCAGCAACAGACUACUUCUCUAGAUGGGCUGAGGCUAUUCCUUUGAGAGAAGUGAAAGCGGAUAAUGUCAUGAGAUUUUUUAGGGAAAAUAUUUUGAACCGCUUCGGGGUUCCUCAUCGAAUUAUUUCUGAUAAUGGCUCGGCCUUCAAAAGUUUUAAGGUCAGCAGAUUCGCCUCCCACCAUAAGAUCGACUGGCGAUAUUCGUCGAUUUAUAAUCCAAGAGCUAAUGGUCUGGCCGAAGCUUUCAAUAAGACCCUGGUUAAACUUUUGAGAAAAAUUAUUGGUAAAAAUAAGAGGGAAUGGCACGACAAGAUUUCAGAUGCGCUCUGGGCUUACCGAACAACUUUUAAGACUCCUACUCAAGCCACGCCUUAUUCUUUGGUCUUCAGAACGGAAGCUAUCCUUCCUUUAGAAGUGGAGCUACCAUCGCUAAGGAUGGCGGUUCAACAUGAAAUGACAAAUGAAGAAAAUAUCUUCUUGAGACUUGACGAACUGGAUUCUCUGGACGAGGUACGGUUGGCUGCGCAACAAAACCUAGAGCUUUAUCAGUCUUAA